UGUGGCAGUGCGAGAGAUGGUGCAUUGGGAGCUGCUCUCCGUGGAACGAAUUCCGCGACUUGUGGAAGAACCUGUAGAAAAUGCUGUUUAGUUUCUUUGCGACACCCUCGGUCCACAAUCGGGACACCGUCGGAAAGCUAUCGAGGCACGCGUACCAUCGGGACACCGUCAUGACGCCAUCAGGACAGGGGCGGGACCCCGUCGGGACACCGCGCCCGCCGCCGCCCCCCAAAAGCAGCAGCAACAGGACUUCUUUCCGCCGCCCGACCCAAGGACCUGGGGAGCUGGCGCACAGCUUCGCACGCACGUCGCACGUCACGCACGACACGGUCGCGAACUACGAUCUCCCGGUGGGGGCAGCUUCAUGGAAAGUUUCACACGCCCAUCCUCCAGUGCGCCCAUUCUGGCCCGAGGCGCCGCCCCUGUCCUGCCCCGCCCCUCCCUUCGUGAUUCCACGUUCCACCGCACGCGCACUCCCGCAGGCGGUGAUGGCGCUCUGGCUUCUGGCGCUGUGCGCGCCCCUGGCCCGGGGCAUCGCCUUCCAUAGGGAGGCCUCGGAUGCUGGCCGCAGGGCCGACCAAAACAACGCCGACGGGCACGCCUCGAACCUGUCGGCGAAGGCCCUGCAGUACUUCCUCGACCUCGACAACGCGUCGUCCAGCAAGCCCGUGCUCGUGCCGCCGGGCGACAUGCGGAGGCGGGCCAACAGUCUCCUGGACGUGGACUCGAGACAGGCCCUACGGGGGAGCGGGGAGUUCCAGCCCUCGGAGGAGUUCCAGAGGGCCGGGGAGGGCGAAAGCGCUGAGCUGCCUUGGGGCGUCGGCACACCGCGCACUGGCGACUCGUGGCCCGUCCACGAGUACUCGGCCAUGCACAUGCUCGACGUGCCCCACUGGGUCGAGUACAGCCUGGAAACCGGGGAUAACAUCCAGACCUUCAGCAACGCCUGGCAGGACGUCAAGCUCAUAACGCAGGUGCUCGAGAACGUCACCAAUGGCUUCUACCUGGACACUCACGGUGGGGAUGGCGAGACGAACAGCUACACGCUCUUACUCGAGCUCACUGGCUGGCGCGGCCUCAUACUCGAGCCUCAAAUAUACGAGUUCGCGACGCUGUGGGGCAAGCUGCGGAAGGCGUGGAUAUUCCUGGGGUGUCUAUCUCCGACAGGAAACGCCACGAAGAUCGGUUUCGACACAGAUGGCGUAAUCGACAUGUUGAGCGGUCACCAGAUCCACGCCUACAACUUGCCCACCUUCAUGGAAGAGCUGGGCGGUCGCAAGACCAUCGACUUCUGGGCCGUGCACAACGGCCAUUAUGAGGCAGAAGUUCUGAACGAGACCUUCUUCUACUCAGGGAAGAACAUCGAGUUCGGGGUCGUCUUGGUCCGCUUCGAUGGUCGUCGGUCCGGUCGUGGUUACCAGUGGUUCGCUCGGCACAGGUCCAAGGACGCUACCGAAGAGCUCAUCUUUGAGAUCAUGCACAACGCCUCCUUCAAUUACAUCGGUGGCCUGGACGCGUAUUGGAUCAACUAUGUCGAGCCGCGCUUUCAUUACAUGGACCAUGUGUGGGUGAACCCCGCGUACUUCGAGAGGCGCGGCCUCUCCGUUCCCACGUGGUGCAAGUCGGCGCCACCGCCCAAACUGGAGUACCCCCGCCAAGGCCACCUCAAUGUCCCUGGACUGGACCAGCUGGAGAAGUGGGAAGGCUCUGGCUCUAGCCCUGGGCCGCACGUGUACGGACAUGCCACCGAUCUGAAGGCAGGAGUCAUCCCUUUUAAAUAUGGGACGCCCGGGACCCCCUAUGGAACCGGGGAGUGGUAUGGAGGAGGAGGCGGGGGGCAAUGGGACCCUCGCUGGGACUGGGACGCGGGCUACACCUACAACCAGGAGGUCAGCAAGGUGAGGGCGUACAUGGCGAAGGCGAAGGAGGAUGCCGCGGCGACGGAGUCAGUGGCAAAAGCGCACCGCGUGGCGCCUACUCGGCUGUCGUCAGUAGAGGGCCGUUGAUCUCGCCCAGCCGCACCGCGCUGGCGUCCCGGGCAGCGUGCUGGCCUGGCCACGCCAGUCCCUCUGCGCACCCUCGCCGCUCUCAUCGUCCACACUCCCGUGCUCCUUGCACGCCCUAACGCCUUGAAAAGACGAGCUCCCUGGCGGAAUAUCUGCAGUCCGCCCAGGCCGUUUCCCCCGCCUUCCGCGCGCAAGACGCACGCCCUUCUGCUCGUCGAAGUCGUCGUCGUCGUCGUCGUCGUCGUCGUCGUCGUCGUCGUCGUCGUCCUCUUCCUCCUCCCCUGAUCACUUCCCCUUCCCCCUCUCAUUUCUUCUUCUUCUUC